AAACACGCCAUCAAGUGCAGCCGGGUGCCUGAAAUGCGCGAAUUCUUAAGCGAGCAAAGCUUGCGUGUGAAACCACCAACUGACCUGCGGCCGCUCACUUCUAAACCGCUGUCUUUGUCAAUUAAUAGUAAACCAAGUCAAAUCAAAUGAAUUAGAUUACGAUGCACGCCUGCUGCUGCUGUCCUGGCUGCGAACGGCGCUCUAGUGUACGAUGGGGCUUUUGACCUGCGCUGCAGGUCGAGCGCGAGAGCGAUUAAAGCUUUUCCCAGGUCAUGUGGCCCAGUCAUGUGCUUCUGACCUCAACCGGCUCCCGUGAGCAGUAACAACCAGAAACUUGCCCGAGAAGUCAGGGCAGCAGCCAUGUCCAACGCGACGUGUACCAACUUGUUUGGGCUCACGCAAUAUGACGGCCAGUGCCAAUUCUUCGGCAGCGGCGACACCGCUCUGCCUGAGGGACUGGGUUGGUUCAUUCUGGUGGGCCUGGGCGGUGUUUUCGCGCUCAUUCCCACUGCUCUUAUCUACCUCGACCGGCGCAUCAAUGGCGGUGGCAAGGACUCCGAGUCCUUCGCAACGGCAGGACACACCAUUGGUAUGGGUCUGACGGCUUGCGACAUUGUGGCCAAGUGGACCUGGGCCGCCACCCUGCUCCAGUCUUCCAACGUGGCGUACAGCUUCGGUGUGAGUGGCCCCUUCUGGUACGCGGCAGGCGCCACCGUCCAGGUCCUGCUGUUCGCCAUCCUGGCCGUGGAGAUCAAGCGCAAGGCCCCCACCAUCCACACCUUCCUGGAGAUCAUCCGCUGCCGCUGGGGCAACGUGGCGCAUAUCAUCUUUAUGGUGUACGGCUUCAUGACAAACCUGAUUGUGACCGCCAUGCUUAUCCUGGGCGGCGCAGCUGUGAUGGAGGCACUCACGGGCGUGUCCGUCUACGCCUCGUCAUUCCUCAUCCCCGCCGGCGUCGUCAUCUACACGUGUGUGGGCGGCAUGAAGGGCACCAUGGUGGCUGAGUGGCUCAACGUGUGUGUCAUCUACAUUGCCCUACUCAUCUUCAUGUUCCAGGUGUACGCGACCAACCCCGACCUGGGCUCUAUCUCCAAGGUGUGGCAGCGCCUGUCCGCGAUUGCCGAAACGAAGCCCGUCGUCGACAACAUGGGCGGCUCCUACAUGACCAUGUUCUCCAAGUCCGGCAUCAUCUUCGGCAUCAUCAACAUCAUCGGCAACUUCGGUACCGUGUUCGUGGACCAGUCCUACUGGCAGGGCGCCAUCGCCGCCAAGCCCUCCGCCACCUACAAAGGCUACUUGCUGGGUGGCCUGUGCUGGUUCGCCAUUCCCUUCACCAUGGCAACCACCAUGGGUCUGGGCGCUCGCGCGCUGGACCUGCCCAUUACCAAGGCCGAGGCCAGCGCCGGUCUGGUGCCGCCCGCCCUAGCCGUGCACCUGAUGGGCCAGGGCGGAGCCUUCCUCAUCACCUUCCAACUCUUCAUCGCGGUCACGUCCACCGCAUGCGCCGAGCAGAUGGCUGUGAGCACCAUUGUUGUGUACGACAUCUACAAGGCAUACAUCAACAAGAACGCCAGCAGCCGCUCCAUGCUCAUCCUGCAGCGCGUCAUGGUGCUGGUGUACGCCAUCAUCUCCGGCGUCGUGUCCGUCAUCCUGCUCAAGCUCAACGUGUCUCUGGGCUGGGUGUAUCUGUUCAUGGGCAUCGUGAUUGGCUCGGCCGUGUUCCCCAUCGCCGCGUGCCUAACCUGGGCCAAAUGCUCUGCUGUGGCGGCCUGCACGUCCGCCAUCGUGACCACCCCCCUCGCGAUCAUGACCUGGCUCAUCACCGCUGCCAAGCUGAACGACGGCGUGAUCAACCUCGACACAACCGGGCAGGACUACCCCAUGCUCGCCGGCAACCUGGUCGCUCUGUUUCUGUCCAUGCUGCUGUGCAUCAUCCUCUCACACAUCUGGCCGCAAGAUUUUGACUGGGAGGAGCUCAAGAAGGCGCCCACCACCGCCGCCGCUGCCGCCGCCGCCGAGGAGCAGCCCCACAACCCCGACGACGAGGACUCUCCAGAGGCCCUGGACCGUGUGAUCAAGUUCACCUGGGCCACCGGCGGCACCCUCACCCUGGUGCUCCUCAUCCUCUGGCCCAUCCUGGCCCUGCCCGCCAAGGUCUUCUCCGAGGGCUACUUCACCAUGUGGGUCGUCAUCGCCAUGAUCUGGGGCAUUGUCGCCUCCACCGUGUGCAUCGUGCUGCCCGUCUUUGAGGCCCGGCACAUGAUCCUCAUGGUGCUCAGCGGCAAGAAGCACAUCCCAUCAACUGUGGAGGAGAGCGUGCAGGCCAAGAACGAGCACAUGUCGCUUCCGCCCGUGCAGCCCAACCGGGCAUGAUGGGCUGCAGCAGCUGGAUCGUAGGCGUGGGUAGCGCAAGAGGCUGUUAGUAGUAACGUUAACGAAUGCCGGGGUUUGAGAGGGCGAGGGGUAUGUAGGAGUGCAUUACUGCGUUAGGUGUGUUGCCCUGACUGCUGGCGUCACUGCUUCGUCGUUGCCGCUGGACAGCGGCACAACUGCAUUUGCGCGAGCUAACACUGAUUCCCAAGAGCUUGGUAGUGAAUCAUAGUUGUGCGGCACUUAGUGGCGUGCAGGAUGCAUAAAAGCAUAGUCGUCAGCUUCUGUCGUGUGUUUGUGUGUGUGUGUGUGUGUGUGUGUGUGUGUGUGUUUAUGUGUGUGUGUGUGUGGUGACUACGGUUUCCACGUUAUUCUGCCAGAUCACGUGAAUCGUGUAUCUGGUAUAACCAAAGACAGGGCUCUCAAUCGAGGGCUGCCGUGACCUGGCGUGGUGUAUGGUGUGUGUUAAGAUAAACAACACAACGAAGCUGUGUGUCUAGCGUGUGGAUGCGUGCGUGCCGCGUGCAUGCUGGGUAUUGGGAGGAUGUACAUUACAUGCAACGAGGUUAAUGGAGUUUGCCGGCAGCUUCACCCUGCAAUUAGCAUGGCGCGGCUGACUUAUGAUGCCUUUCCAUGUUGAUUGCGGCUGCUGUAAACCAGGUGUAAA